AAAACAAAAUUACGAACGAAACACACGAAACAGAACAACCUGCGUGACUGGUCUGCUAAAGAGUUGGUCGACGCUCGCGCCGCGCCGGCCGGCGGCCGCGCCCCCAUUCGACGCGAUGGCGCUACGCUCGCAACUCCUGCGCAACUGUUUCAAUGGCAGCCAAACCCGUCAGCUCCACGAGCUGCACAAGGAGCGGGCUGGAGUAGCAGCACUACGAGAUGUGCUGGAGGACCGGCUGCGGGACAUCAAGCGCGCCAAGACAUGGAAACAUGAGAGGGUCCUCACUUCUCCUCAGGAUACUAAGGUGAAAGUCAAAGGCGUUGAGGGAGAGUUCCUGAAUUUCUGCGCUAACAACUACUUAGGUCUUUCAAACCACCCAGAGGUUGUGGAAGCUGCUCGGGAAGGCUUGAAGAAAUAUGGUGCCGGACUCAGUUCAGUCCGGUUCAUUUGUGGCACCCAAAUUAUACAUAAGGAGCUAGAAGAACGUCUAGCAAAGUUCCAUGAUCGUGAAGAUGCGAUCCUAUACGGGUCCUGUUUCGACGCAAACGCCGGUCUCUUCGAGUCGAUGCUGACUCCUGAAGACGCAGUGUUCUCUGACGCCCUCAACCAUGCCUCCAUCAUCGACGGCAUCAGACUCUGCAAGGCUCAGAAGUUCCGAUAUCCUCAUAGAGAUCUUAAAGAAUUAGAGCACCUGCUAGCUCACAGCGAGGCUCGGAUCAAGCUGAUCGUGACGGAUGGCGUGUUCUCCAUGGAUGGUACCGUGGCCCCCAUACAAGGGCUGCGGGAUUUAGCUGAUAAAUACCGCACAUUGCUGGCUGUGGAUGACAGCCAUGCAACCGGUUUCUUUGGGGAAACGGGAAGAGGCACAGAAGAAUACUGCGGUGUCCUGGGAGCAGCAGACAUUAUCUGCUCGACCCUCGGCAAGGCAGUGAGCGGAGCCGCUGGUGGAUAUACCACGGGGCCCAAGGAGCUCAUCACUCUGCUUAGAAACGUGUCCAGACCUUACCUGUUUUCGAAUGCACCGCCGCCGCCGGUGGUUGCUGCUUCUAUUAAGUCUCUAGAUAUAGUAGAACAAAGUGGGGAGCUUCGGCAGCGUCUCCGCGAGAACACGCGGAACUUCCGCGAAGGAUUGAAGGCAGCGGGCCUGACGGUCGCGGGAGACGACCAUCCUAUCUGCCCUGUUAUGGUUGGAGAAGCCCCGCUAGCUGUGGAACUGGCUACUAACAUGCUCAAGCGUGGUGUCUACGUGGUAGCAUUCAGUUACCCAGUAGUGCCGAAGGGCGGCGCCCGUGUCCGCGUGCAGCUCAGCGCGGCUCACUCGCCCGAUGACGUGCAGCGCGCUGUGCAGGCCUUCGCCGAAGCCGCUAGGGAAAUCGGCAUUGUUAAGGCGUAGAUGUGUGUGGAGAUGGGUCUUGAGACUUUCUGAGGUGUUGAAAUUAGAAGGGAGAGAAACCUCCAUUUUCGGUGUCUGUCUAACACAGAUAACUAAAUCAGUCAUGGAUGUUGAUUUAAAAAUAAAUUGCAUGCCGACCUACGGUACGGUAGAAAGAUCUUGUUGUAGGCGUACUUAUUUGUGGAUAUCGUAUGUGAUGUUGUUGGUGUAAUGAAUAUCUAUCAUUUGUCAAACUCCCCAUAAACAGCGCCAGAGACGUCUUGAGAUCCGAACUCUACAUAUUGUCUACAUAGCUAACAUGAACUUCUGCUAAUGUAAUAUUUGUAAAUAUAUCAAAUCGAUUGCUUAAUGUUUGUGUAUGUAUGAAACUAGAGGACUGAAUCAAUAAAUGUUUUUACUGUUAUCGCA